GAAUGUCGGAGGGCAUGAGGCCCUGUCAGACAAGAGGCGCCGUGGCGAGACAAGAGGCCCAGUGAUGAUGACAAUGCCAUGCUGUCCGCCCAGCAUCUUGCCAGUCGGGGCAUGCAGCAAGCCGCCCAGUGCACGGGGACACACCUGGCCACAUCAAAGGCCGCCAACAAGCCGCCUUCAUUGUCUGAACCUGGCCAUGAUGACACACGAGAGGUCGGCCACAGCUGCCUUACAGGAAAGUAUCAAGGUCUUGCAGUCAUCGCCUCCGUCAUCCUGCUGUCCUCUCUCACUCGCACAGCUUUUUCCUUCCUCACUUCUACUUGAUGUCCGCCACUCAAGCCUGGGCCACACACACCAGGAGUCAAGGACCUUGAGUGUGGGGGAAGUGGUUGGGUGGACCUAAAGCUUCAUGACACAAGCCCUGUGAGCAGACGCCACAAGCAAGAGUGUCUGUGGACCCUGCUGCAGCUUUCACCAUCUCGGUGGGCAGGUGUGCAGGUGUGCAAUGAAGGUGCAGUGAGGGACAGCCAGCACGUGGCUGUGGGAUCACUCCGUCAUUGUCAACAGUCCAUCGCGAUGGAUACAUCGUGGGGUGGGCGAGCUGCCACACUGACGGCGACUGUGUUGUUGCUGACCAUCUACACAGCUGCCGGUGACGUGCUUACUGCCUGUUAUGACGGCAGCAACAAGACGCUGACCAUGGACUGCGGUUCGGAAGCCCUGGUUCGAGUCCUGAAGGCGUUCUACGGCUACAGCGCCCACGGGACGUGUCACUACACGGAGGGCGACUGCACGCGCCUGCAGCAGCAGAGCCUGGAGUGUGUGGGCCGCAGCACCUGCACCGUACCCCUGGAGGGCGCACAGCAGGGAGGCGUCAUGCUGCCCGCCUGUCAGAAGCGAUCCAACUAUUUCCAGGUGGAAUAUCAGUGUGUGCCAGUGAGAGAGAUGUAUGAUAUCUGUCAGCACAACAAUCUGACAGCUCAGACUGGCCACAUCGUCACCCCUAGUUACCCCAGGCCCUACUACAGUCGGCUUCACUGUAACCUCAGCAUCGUUGUGCCACCUUCCCAGAAGCUUCGCGUGAACAUCAUCACCAUGGAGCUGGCAUCACGUGGCAAGACUGACUGUGCCGACUUUCUGUACUUCAACGACAAGUUCCACAGUCUGACACUGUGUGGCCGGCGGUCCAAUGUCUGGUAUGACAUGCACUCAAAUACUUUGCUGGUUGAACUGCUGUCCACUUCCUCUACACGAAGCCCAGGCUUCUGGCUGUACUAUGAAGCAUUUCCACCACUUCCAGUCACAGAACCACCACUGCCAGUGACAGAUCCACCACCACCGCAAAACAUAAAAGACUCCACAGAAACUUCUUUGGCCAGAAGUUCCUUGCUGCUGACCAGUCUGUCUACCAAACAGGUGCAAGUUCAGGGAGACAUCACACCCAUACCUAUUCUUAGGGAAGAGGAUAAGCAGUCAAGUACUAGGAAAGCAUCACUACCAUUUGCCGCCAUAGCUGGGGGAGUCAUUGGCAGCCUCUCUCUCAUCCUCAUCAUUCUUCUGACUCUGCUGUUUAUCAAAUGGCUGAAAGAAAGACACUACUUCAGGGAUGAAAAGUUCUUGGAAAUUCGAAACCCGGCCUUUCGCAGCAGUGGAGAUUUCAAUGAACCCCACACAACAACCUACUAUUGUUAAAUUUAUGCAAUGAUCAUGUCAGUUCUAAGAAAGCAGCAUGACACUGACUAAUGACAACAGUGCAGAGAGUAAAUACACUGAACAGCUUUGAAUUUUAAGAGAGGAAGGCACAUCAAGAUGGAGAUUGGACUGCGUGCUUACUGGAUUAGAAACAUUGUACACAAAAGAUGGUCAUGAAGCCACUUUAGUCUGUACUCUCAUUAAUUUCUGACCACAAAAGGAAAAUGCUUAUGAUCUGCCACUAGUGUUCCGUGAACUAUGAAGGCAAAUACUAUUAUAAGUCUUUUGAUGACUGCCUUCAAAAGAUGAAGUGAUGACACAUAAGCAGUACAUAGACUGAACAAUUAAUGACCAUGACACUGAACGGAUUUGCAGAUCUGCUUUACUUGGUCAGAAGCAGAACUACUUUUGUUAUCCAGUGAUGCCUGUUCUAUGAAUGUAUCAUGUUGACAUAGACUGUACAUACUUGUUUCAAAAUAGUGGAUAGAUGUGUUUUGGAGAAUGCUUCAACUACAUGUCAUCAAUGGCUGCAUGGUGCAAUGAAUGUGUACAGAAUCGUCAUCUGAGUAAAUGUGUAACGAGCACAAAUCUAUCAUUCUUUAUGGCCGUGUCGCAAACUGCAUAGAAUGGAUUGAAAGGUUGGUGUUCUGUAAAGUUAUUCUUCAACAGAACAUUAAGAGAUGUUUUUAAUAUGACUAUGCUUACGACAAGGUUAGGUUCUGGAGUGCUGGAGAGAGGAAAAAACUUAGAUUUUUCUCGCCAAGGUUUGUCUGUGAUACACUUGCAUUCCUCAGUGCAUGCAUGGCCUUUGUAAAUAUUUUCUGGUAAAGAAGACAAAGCUUUUGAGAAGAGUUAGACGAUCACAGUCAGAGAACAACAAUUUGAAAGUGUCUACAUCCAAAGUAAUAUAUUUGCACCAAAUGUGCAUAUAAAGCCCAUGCCUGAUUUUCCUAUUAUAUGUUCAUACAUUCAUUAAAUAGUUCAGUGUGAUUUUUUUUUUAAAGAAUGGAUAUUCAAGUUCAGGACAGAGUGGGACCGAAACUGAAAAUCAUAUCCACUGUCUGGCAUGACGAGAUAUGAGAGAUGGUCAGACAACCUUUAAGGAGUUGGUUUGAAAUAUUUGAACAUAAUUUUGUGGUACCUUAGACGAAGCCUAGGUUCCCAAACCAUAACACUGCCUAUGCCAUGCUAGGCAUGGCAAAACUGGAUUGGUUGAUGUCCACAUUUGUGCAUUACAACUUAAAUGAGUAUGGGUAUUUAUUUUCUUCUAAUAGCAGUAUACAUGCUCUAUAUCUGAUGGUUUCUUGUGUAUGAGAAAACAUAGUAGAUGAUAGGGAAAUGUGAUAUACUGAUAGAGACCAUGUCUUUAUCCCAUAUCAAAUCUUGCUGAUCUGAUGCAAAAUAACCCUAUGCAAUACAUAAAUGAUCAAAUAAUGUCCUAGUUAUUAUUUUUAAAAGGAUCUGUUUUUGUAAAAAAAAUUAAAGAGAAAGAAAAAUUCUUAUAAUGUAGACCAUCUUGGGUUACUGGCUACUAAAUACUUCAUUAAACAGAAAUUUGUGCAAAACACAUUGCAGUGUUAAAAGUGUGAAGCUGGAAUACUUUAUCUAUGCAGAAACACUGUAUAGCUGCAGCGUAUGAAAGUGAAAAGAAAGGUUUAUGUUACUGUAAAGUUCAUUUCCCUCUUCAUUAAAUCAAACACUGUCUUUUCAGUGGUAAGUACAUGCUUAAGUUUGUGCCACCAUUUUGUGUGCAAUAACAACUAAUAGCAAUUAAAAGGGUUCAAGAGCAUAUAAACUGAUAAACUGAGAAAGAAAAAAAAAAAGAUCAAUCAUACCGACACCAGCAAAGCUUUAUUUUCACCAGUAAACAGACCCUUCCAUAUACUUACAGAACUAAUGUUCUUGUCACCAUGUACUGAUAGUAGCACCAUUGUAAUUAAGCUGUAUUAGCUGUUUCCGGUGCUAAACACCCACUGAAACAAUGCCUGAUACCUCAUGCUGAUUCAUCAAGUAUUGACUGUUAACUAAAGGUUAGCUUUAGUCUUUCUGUUCCCUAAGACGUUCCAAAUUCUGUACACAGAAUAAAAUGUAUGAAGAGUUUGCAGACGCAGCAGAUUAGGCUUUUUAAGCUAGAUCAGAUCUUACUUGCUUCUGUUUGAUUGUUGUGUAUGUAUAUCAUAACUGAUCGUCAUAAUUACAGCUGAUAAAAUUCCUUUAAUGCAUCUCUUUAUCAUUAUUGUUGUAUAUGAUGAAAAUUCCUUAAUUUAUAUAGUGUGGCUUUUCACACAGUACUGUACUUAGGUUCAUUUGUUUUGCUUUUUUACUUUAAUUUUGGUCUGAUGCGUAAUGUGUUGUGGCUGACUUAUGAGAAUAAAAUACACCUAGUGACAUUUCAUAUUUUUGUAAGGUGUGCAAAGUGUGUUAGUAUGAUUCUUGGUUCAUCCAGUUUUGUAGCCAAUGCACUAUUAUUAUAACAGCAAAUCAUGUAAAAAAUUAUCCAGGAUGUGGAAAAACGUAACAAAGAAAUCAAAGGUGUC